AUGAUGAAUAUUUUAAGGACAGAGAACCUCGUUUUCAAGACGGCCGUAUUCUUACGACUAUACAGGGGUGGAACAGUACCAUAUCAAGUGUCUGAAGCAUCUCCAAUAUUCUUUGCACAGAUGGAUCCGGACGACUACUUCAAAACUCAUCGCGAACUUCAGAGAGACACGAUGACAUAUGACGUUUACGUGAACAUUCGACGAGUGCUACCAACGAUUCGUGCCGCUCUCAAAAAGAUCGGAAAGUUGGAUGAAUUCAUUGAAGAUUUCAAUAAAUGCUCGAACUUUGAUUGA